UAUAGUACAAGAAAUGUCACAAAAGCAGCAGGAAUACAAAGACUAUAUGCACCAGAUUGGAGAGAAGCUCAAAAACAGCCCUAGUAAAGGAGAACUAGAGAAACUCAAACAGCUUGAUAGAGAAAAGGAGGAAGGCUUUGCUAGUGUCCUAGAUGAUUCAAGAAAUAGAGAGUUUGUACAUAAGAGACGGUCCCAGAAUUCAAGUCCUGCAAGACCUAUAAAAUAAAAACGUGGCAUUCAAUGAUGUACUAGAUAUUGCAACUAAUGAUAGUAAUAAUUUUCAACAUCCUCAAAUGAAUAAUGCUCCAGCCGGUCCCCCUUCAAAUAUUGGAGGUGCCAAUAUCAUGGGAUACAACCAAGCUAUGGGAGGGAUGCAGAACAUGCAAUAUGGGUAUCCUUCCCAGCCACCACAAAACUCUUACUUCAACCAAUACCCUCCUCAGAUGCAAAUGAUGGCUAACAACAUGUAUGGAACUCCUCCAGCAAUGAACAACGGUGGAAAUUUUGCUCAAAUGGGCCAAAAUAUUGCUCAAAACAUAAAUUUCCAAGAUGAUAGUGCAUCUCAAGUAAACAUGAAUAACGCAUCAAUAAAUACCACUUUUGAAAGGGAUCCUGAUGCAGUCCACUUCGAAGAUCAAAAUUUUGACGCAAUCUCAACUACAAGUUCCAGAAAAGUGGGUGGGAAGCCAAGCAAUUAUUUCCAAGAUAAGAAUGAAGUAGAAGUUCAGCGCAAAGAUAUGGAAAAAUAGCGAAUGGAGGAAUGCCCUCCAAAUUCAAAUGCAAGAGAAAGAACGCAUAAAACAAGAACAAAAACGUAAAGAAGAAGAGGAAGAACUCAAACUAGAAAUGAAACUCCAGCGAGAAAGAGAAGAACUAGCUGCCAGAGAGCAUGCAGAGAUGCUUGCUCAGCAGAGGAAAAUUGAGGAAGCCAAAAAGCAAAACGAACAAAUUUUCCAGGACUCCAUAAUCAGGACCAAAAAGGAUAAGAUCAAGAAUAGGGUUGAUUUUAGGACUCCCCAGUACACUACCUCCAAAGCCAACUUCUUGGGUGACAAUGAAUAUAACCAGAUUGAGGGAAUGCUUGUCCGGAAUGCCCAUAAUGACCUCCGUAAUGAGUUCACCAUCAGCAUGCAAAGGAUCAAACAAGAGUUUGAUCUUACGAAUGAUCAGAUGAAAAAGCAAAUAGAUCUUCUUAAAUAAGGCCACAGAUAAAGAAAAGGAAGAAAAGAAACGUCUAGAAAAGGAAGUACAAAAAUUAAGAAAUAAGCAGAAGGAAGAAGAUGCUAAGGAGGAGCUUAAAUAAACUCAUCGUGCUAGGCUCUCUUGCUAAUGGGAAUACCUCUAAACUUCCUAAAACCCAUAAGCUUAACUUUGAUGUAAAGACUAUCGUUGACCCUGCUGGAUAUAAUGAUCCAUAUUUCCCUAAAAGGAAUUACGGAGAAGAGUACAUCAAGAAUAAAGAAAAUAAGCUCAGCCGGUAUGACUUCAAGAAGCAUGCUAGACAGUUAUUAAAUACUUCAGAUGUCGAUCAGGUUAUCACCCUUCAACAACUACAGAAAGAUAGGCUCGAUAAGAUAGAUGAUAUCGAGAGAUCACUUAAGGUCGAUGACAGCCUUGGAUAUACUAAUGGCGCUAGUGAGUUAAGCUCCUUAAAUACCAGAUUCACAAACCCUUAUGCUUCAGAUGUACCCACAUCAAGCAAGUUUAUAGGAUCAACUUCCGAAUUUGUGACUAACGCUCAGAGGCAAAGCCAUUCAGUUGAUGGAAGGAGAGACUAUGAAAUACCCGUGAAGAGUCAGAAAUUCAGCACAAAAUUUGUUGCUUCAGGGAGACAUAUGGAUGACCCAUUCAUUUACGGACUUGGACUUUAA